UUUAUUUAUUUUUUAUUGCUCACUCAUUGCUGGACAUUGUCUUUUCAAAUUCGACCAUUGGCUAUCUCUCUUUCCCUAAAACGUAGACCAAUACACUGCACAUAAGGACACUACUGCUCCAAAAAGAAAUUCAUUUUCUGUGAAAACAAAGUGGUGUUCUGUUUUUGACAAUCUUUCACUGCGGUUUUCUUUGUCAUUAUACCUUUAUUCUGUUCUACACUCCUGUAUAUUCUAUUUUGUUUAUUAAAUGAGCACUGCAGAGUUUGGCGUCUGCCACUAGGAAUAGCUGGGAAGAAGGGUAGUAUAUAAAUUCUGUACUAAUGCUGACAAACCUACUCCAAAUCUACAGGCUGAUGUUUGCCGUCUUUACACUACACUAUACAGACCUGGGCAUCUUCAUUAAAAGAAAAAGUGGAAAAACAGGACAUUUAAAUGGACACUGUAGGCACUAUAACCAUUUCAGCUUAGUGAAUUGGUCAUAGUGCUUGGAGUCCCUGGCAUUGUCCCUAUAUUCAGUAUUAAACCAUUUUCAAGCAGUUUGCCUUUGAAAUAUGGUUCCAGGAUUGCCCUAGUCCUGCACCCACUGGAGGUGUGGCUAAGGUAGCAACGGUAUUAAAAACAUUUGAAAACUCUGCUAUAAUAUUUCAUUUUUAUUUACUUUUAUUUAAUACAUUCAAACUUUUUUCUUUUUUUUUUCUUUUCUAAUCCAGACAUCGUGGUUUUUCUUAUGAGAGGGGUCGAGCCAGCCUAUCAAAAUAGAGUCCCUCAAGGUGAAAGUUGACUUUCUGAAGGUGCCUUUUGGCCUGAAGAAGCCAGUGCUGAAGGAAGCAGCAGCUGUUUUGGCUUCAGUUCCUGGGUCUGGGAAACCAAAAUCUAUAACCGUGGAUCGCCACAAAGGCCGUUAUUCUGAAAACAUGGACAACGAGUCCCAGUACUCGGGCUAUUCCUAUAAAUCAGGGCACUCAAGGAGCUCCCGUAAACACAGGUAUGACCCGUUACAGGGACCUUAAAAAAAGAAAUAAUUAAAAAAAUAAUAAUUGUUGUAGCCUAAAGAUUCCACACCAGUUACUGCAACUUUUUUUGCUGAGAUCUUAUACGGCAUAAGCCAUAAUAAAAAAAUCUUUGAUCAUAUGGAAUUGAUGCAUUUCUAUUGUGUAGAACGAAGAGGGGAACAGAAUUUUUGUUGUAAUACUUUACCAAACGGCGUUGUUGAUGUUUUGAUUUUUAAAUUUUUUUUUUUUUUUUUUUUUCAAGAAUACACCAAGUCAGCACAGGCCACAGAACUGUGGAAGUACCUCUCGUGUAUUUUUAUAUAGUAUGUAAGCUUUAUACAUGCACACACUAUUUCAGUUCUUGGAUAGGCAAAGAAGAGCAUUGUUUUCCCCUUGAUUGCAUUGAGUGUUGCAGGGUUGGAAGUGGUUUUUGAACUGUUCUUUUCAACAUUAUAAAAAGGGUAGUUCUUUCCACUAUAAAGGGACACACACCCACUUAAGUGGUAAUGGUUCCAGUAGAGCCCUGGUGCCAAUCAUCUGUUAAAUGUUUGAAAACUUACUUGAGGCGCAGGUAAAUUAAACCAUGUUAAAACAGUUUAUCAUAAUGAGGGACUUUUUUCACCAUAACAAAUUCAGAGGAUUGGAGUGCGUGGUGUGUGUUUGUUUUUUUUUUUUUUUGUUUUUUUUUUUUAAAUGGCCAAGGUAUACAUCUGACUUGUUUUUUAAUUAAAUUGGUGAGCAGUUGACGUUGCCAAGUCCAGUUCUUAAUCUGGAGCUAAUAAAAUGUUGAUCGGAUGCCUUCUUAGUGCAUUUUAGUAAUGGAGUUUUAAAAAUUUUUUUGCUACAUCAUUGCAGAGAUAGGAGAGAACGGCAUCGCUCCAAAAGCAGAGAAGGAAGUCGUGCAGAUAAGUCUGUAACUAUACAAGCCCCCGGAGAACCCUUAUUGGAUAAUGAGUCCACAAGAGGCGAAGAAAGGGUAAUGCUUUUUAUUUUUAAUUUUUUUUAAUGCAAUGUAGUUUCAGCUGAGUAUUUCUUACAGGUAUUAGUGUGUUUUGACUUGCUAGCUAAUUGGAAAUUCUGUUUUGGGAAAAUAUUAGAUGGGUUGCAUAUUUUCUUUUGAAAUGUAAUUGAAUGCAUAACUACAUGCCCCACUCAAAUCUUCGAUCUGAUUUUUUUUUUUUUUUUCAAUGAAAAUUAAUAAAAUAUGUUGUAGAGCAUAAUUUAAACUGUGCCUUUUGUCUCACUUUGAAUGACAAUGUUGUGGUUUUGAUGUAUCAAGCUUGGAUCCACUUUUUGAUCCAUUUUUGAUCAAUUUUUUUGUAUGUUCUGGCUUUUAACUUCAGAACAUACAAAAUUAGUCCCUGCGGCCAAACUCUCACUACUCCUGGGCGACAGCAAUGAUUCUAGUAUGCAUUAGCCCCAAUACAUGCAAUAAAAAAAAAAAAAUUACUUGUGCACGCUCAAAUAACUGGAGGUAUUUUUAGUAUCACUGCAAUGUCUAUUCAAAUAUGAGCCUGUGGCAGGUGAGCUUACACUUUAGUGGCCAAGAGCGUAAUAGUAAAAAUGUAAAUGUGCAUAGGGAUUUGGGAUAGUGAGCAAGCAAACGUUUGGGGCACGGGGGGUUAUUGUUGCCAUCAGAACUCUGUAACUAUCAACAUGGCAUCAGCGUUCCCCUAUAUUUUUAUUUAAUUGUUUUUAGUUUCUUGACCAUUUUAGUGACAAUUCCUGAGCAGGGUCAGAUUUCUGUUUAGCGGAAGUUUCCUCCACUAGAAAAUGAAAUGAUCAACUCUCCGCUACUUCCUGACACCAUAGGUAUAAGGGAAGAUUUAUCAAUGUGUUCUUAACUUUCUUUGUUUAGUUUUUUUUACUUCUGAUAUGUUUGUAUUUGGUAAAUUGUUCUUAACUGAACUGAUAUACGUGACAAAAAACUUAAUAUAUCCAUUGUUUCUAAAAAAAAUAACAAUAAUAAAAAAAAUUACAUAAUGUUUUCAUCUAUUGCUUCUUUUGCACCCAAAUGAAAAAAAUUUACUGGGCCACCCAACAAAAAAAAACUAUAAAAGAAAAAGUGCAAUUUUAUCUGCAACACUUUGGUAUCUCUUUCCCCCCACCCCUCCAUAGUAUUUACUACCAUGAUGACCGUGUAGUGGUUACAUACACAGCCCUCUCUUUCUGGACAGUUUUUAAAAAUGUUUUCUCGUUUGACAUGGAAAUCAAAUUCCUGUCGUGAGGUGUGUGAAUGUAUAUCUCUGUCAGUCCCCAACAAAUAGUGGUUAAAAACACUCUUGAGCUAUGUAUGUGUGUAUAUGUAUUUGAAAGCUCAAGAGUGUUUUUAACCACUUUUUGCUGGGACUGCUGUUUAAACCUGAAGCGAUCGAGGAUGAGCCUCGAGCGUGCAGACUAGGUGAUGAUCUGCAAUGCACUCGAGGCUCGUCUUCAGCUAAGACAUUAACCAUGCCAUAUCUGAAUGCUUGCCAGGUCUUGUGGGUAAUUAUUUUCCAUGGGUGUCUGCAGAGGUAAUUAACAAGAAAACGUAUUGAUUCCUGCGCCAUUUGUCUGACUGUCACUGCCGAGGUGCAACAUUAACUAGCAGAGCUACCCAGUCGGGUGUGUAAAUGAGAUGUGCCCUUGGACUGAAGCCAGAACGCAUAUGUGAGCUCGGUCUGGGUUCAGCAUUCGGAAUGCUGUAGACAGAAUAAUUGUUCCUGUAUUUUAAUUGGUUCCUGGUGAUGUCAUUGCUGCUGAGCCAUGUCAAGGACAGGAGGUGAAUCUUCAUUGAAAACCCAAGUAGCGGGAGGAAAUAUGGGCACUUAGUGAGCUGUUUGAUUAGAAUGCUCUUUAUUAUGCUGGACAUAAAAUGUGCAAGGAUGCAACUGAGUGAGCCUCGGGCGAAUAUUUUUUUUUUUCUUAAUUUUUUUGGUUUCCUUUAUUAUGUGAGAAGUGAAUUUUAUUGUUUUUUUGUUUUGUUUUGUUUUUUUGUAAAAAAAUUUUUUUUAUAUAGUAAUGCAAAUAAAAACACUUUUUUUUUUUUAAUUCUAACCAUAGAUUCUUAGUAGUAGUUAAAUUUUAUUUUAAUUUUACAGGAUAUGAAUUUUAAACUUUUAAAAUUAUUUCUUAUAUGAUUUAUAGUUUAAAAACAGUUAUUUAUAUUUUUUUUGUAUAAACUUUUCAAAAUUAAUGAAAAUAUUUUUUAUAAGCUAAAAAUUUAUAUAUAUAUAUAUAUAUAUAUAUAUAUAUAUAUAUAUAUAUAUAUAUAUAUAUAUAUAUAUAUAUAAAAAAAAAUUUUUAGUUUAUAAAAAAUAUUUUCAUUAAUUUUGAAAAGUUUAUACAAAAAAAUAUGAAAUUGAGCCCAAGAAAUAUUUACAUUUAGAAUUAUUUACAUCUAUAUUAAUACAGUGAAUGACAUUUGUUACAAAGUAGUGUAGAAUUUUCGUGUAAUAUAUUUUUAAUUGUUUUGAUUGCCAUGAAAUUGUUAACCGCUUUCCAUUAAAGGAUUGGGAGAGUGGUAUAAUGUUUUUUUUAUAUCUACCCUGUCUUUUGGUGGAUUUCAGGAUGAUAACUGGGGAGAAACAACCACAGUCGUCACUGGUACAUCUGAGCACAGCAUCUCUCAUGAUGACAUCACACGCAUUACAAAAGACAUGGAAGACAGCGCCAAGCUGGACUGCUCUCGGCACCUUGGGGUCAUUAUCGGUGGGGCACUGGCUCUCCUCUCCUUCCUGACACCGAUUGCCUUUAUGUUGCUGCCUCAAAUAAUGUGGCCAGAUCUGGAAUCUUGUGGGACAGCCUGUGAGGGUCUUUUUAUCUCUGUGGCCUUCAAACUUCUCAUCCUCCUUUUGGGCAGCUGGGCACUGUUUUUCCGCAGGCCAAAAGCCUUUUUCCCACGGGUGUUUGUUUUCCGAGCACUGCUCAUGGUGCUGAUAUUUUUGCUGGUCGUAUCUUACUGGCUUUUUUAUGGGGUCCGCAUCCUCCACACUCGGGAACGGAACUACCAGGGAAUUGUGCAGUAUGCAGUAUCAUUAGUAGACGCUCUGCUUUUUGUCCACUACUUGGCCGUGGUGCUGCUGGAAUUGAGGCAGCUUCAACCUCAGUUCACCAUCAAGGUAGUGAGGUCAACAGAUGGGGCCAGCAGAUUCUACAACAUUGGCCACCUAAGGUAAGAAAAGCUGUGGCAUGUGAACCUUGUUGCGUUUAAAUUUUUGGCUCAUAUGGCUCUGGAAGACAAUGUAUGUAUAUACCGUUCUGAUCUCAAACAUGUACAGUUGAAAGCAAAUGUUUGACUCCGAAUAUACAAUAAUCGUUUUGUUUGAAUUGUGACGGAAAGCAGAAUCCUUGAGUUAUAUGUGGUUUAGAAAAUAUUGUGUCUUGUGUGUAUCAAUAUAUUUGGAAAUCUGCAGUGUAGAGCAUAUCAAAGAAUAAAAUCUGACUUAUUGAUCUGGAACAUGAAUCCUAUGGUGUGGGAGCAGAACUGGGUCAUUCACAUACAUACGUUACUUUGUAUUUUUACGUCUAUGAAUAUACAUCUAGUAGCAAUGCUUUAAGGAUCACUAUAGGGUCUGGAACACAAACGUAUUCCUGACCCUAUAGUGUUAACACCAAUUACAGUGCUUCCCCAUAGAAUUGGCUGAGACUGACAAGGAGGCAGAUCAGGGGCAGAGCCAGCAUGAUUCAAACACAGCCCUGGCCAAUCAGCAUCUCCUCAUAGAGAUUAAUUGAAUGAAUGAAUCUCUAUGAGGAAAGUUCAGUGUCUGCAUGCAGAGGGUGGAGAUACUGAAUGUUUGGAUGCAUUUUAGGCAGCCAUGACCCAGGAAGGAUCUCUAACAGCCAUCUGAGGAGUGGCCAGUGAAGUUAUCACUAGGCUGUAAUGUAAACAUUGCAUUUUCUCUGAAAAGACCGUGUUUACAGCAAAAAGCCUGAAGGGAAUGAUUCUACUCACCAUAACAAAUUCAAUAAGCUGUAGUUGUUCUGGUGACUAUAGUGUCCCUUUGGGUCUCUGAGACACCCUGGUGGUUGCCAAGGAUUCAAACCUCUGAAGUUGAAGAUCCCUACUCUUUGCUACAAAAUUAAUCCUACAAUUGAUCUACCUCGGUUUAUAUCAUGUAGUGUUUACGGUUCAGUAUUGUAAUAUACAUCCAAAUAUCCCUCAUAUGAACGGGGGAUUUUAACCUUUACACCAUAUUCCACAUAUAUAGUGUGUGUGUGUGUCUUCCAUUAAAAAAUAAAAAGGGUAAUUCUUUACCUUAGUUUUACCUCCCCUUCCCCCCACACACACACCAUUUUUCAUACCCUUUUAAAUUGAGAGAGCUAGUUUUAAAAUAAAUUUGUUGGCAUUCAAUAUCAUAUCUAUAGGGGACACAUAGUAAUGUGCCUUGAUUCUAUUUGCUUUCUUGGGAGGUUACAUUUUAAGUUUGUUGUGUGGAGGAUAGCAGUGUAAAAAAUGAUCUUACGUUCUUACUGUCCACCACACAUUGGAUGGGCAUUAUAUAGGAUUUACCAUUUCUGAACCUAUAUAUUUUUAUAUGAAUUCUAAAGAAUGUAUGCUGUUUGAAUAUGUCCUAUCACUUUAGUCAAACCAUACCUAGGUAUUGCUAAAACGUCUGUAUCACAGGAACCUUUGUGUGUGUCCUGUAAGAUCCUUGGUUGACAUUUGCCUGUGUGAUGUUAGUAACUAGGUGGAGCUUAUUAAAAUUGAAGUUGGGAAAUCGUUUCAGUUUCUAUUUGUGCAAUAUCUGUAAAAAGUCUGAGUAUACUUGCUGCAAACUUACAUUAUAGGACUUUAAUAAUAUAUACCCUGAAAUAUUAACAUUUUCAGAUAUUACUUGGAAAUUAUGGAAAGUCCAUCUAUUAAUGAUGAGGUUCCACACAGUCAGUAGAUAUCCGUUAUAGUCCUCAAUUUUCAUAUUUUUUUGGGAUAAGCUUUUCAGAUUAUUUAAAUAACUGUAGAAGUUAUUCUAAAAAUAUUAUAUAUAUAUAUCUAUAUCUAUAUUUUUUUUAUAUAUAUUUUGAAAACACAUGUAAUUUUUUUAAAAAUUUAUCCAAAAAAAAUAUAAAAUUUGAGGUUAUAAGGGAGUGAAAAGUUGGGGGAGAACCAAGAAAGUGCUCUUCAAAAUGUAUAUGUUCUCAAAGUCAAAGUAUGGAGGGGUAGAUGAACACUCUUUGAUAUUCAUGCAGGUUCAAUGGACACUCCAGUCAGGUCGAAGAUAACUUUUGCAGUGAGUUGAGACCAGGGAGUGGCUCAUCCAGUCAGGAGUUUUCUGUUCUGUUCAGUGCAGCCUGGGGUCUAUAACAGAUGUGGUUAAACACUAGACAUUAAUGGCAUAAGAUGAGUGGAGUUGAUUAAUAAUAUGAAAACACAAGUACCGGUAUAUCAGCUUCAUUUAAUUUACUAUUCCAAAAUUUGUGAGUGAUAACAGUUCUGGCUCCAUUACAGUAAACUCCAAAGGAGCCUACUGAGGGAGGUGGAGAUGUGUAUAGUAUGCCUAGGCUAUACACAUAUCUGAGUGUACAGAGGAAAAAGUACAGCUUCCUCCUUCAAAUUUGUGUCCUGGAGGGGGGAGGAAGACCGGUGUAGAGGACCACCUUAAAUCAUAAACUACGCAUGUUGCAUACGGUGCAUUGCUUGGUCUGUCUUUUUUAAGCUUGCCAUUUUAUUGGUAAAGAUCGCCAACUCUGACACAAGCAAUUUAUAAGUAAAUGGUGGAAGCAAAUAAAAUAAUGUUAUAGUAUAAAAACCAAGUACUAAAAAUAAAAAAUGCUUAAACAAAUAAAUAUCUCCUAAAACAGCUGUUCGUUUAGAAUAGCAGUUACUAGUUCCAGAGAGGAGUUAUUGAGAAUCUUCUAGAUCAUUGGUUCCCAAACCAGUCCUCCAUUGCCCACCAACAAUCCAGGAUUUAUGUAUUUCCCUGUUUUAUUCCAAUGGAGAUACUGCCAAAACCUGGACUAUUGGUGGGUCUUGAACGGGUUUGGAAACCACUGACCUACUUCAAUAGGAGCAAAACUAGCCCUGUAGCUUCGGCCAAGAAGCAAACCUCGAAUGCAAUCUGUACUAUAGGCCCAUGCACAUCAUCCUAGUACAAGAUUUCCAUCGUAAUCUCAAGAGCCAGCUUUGUCACAACUGAACCAGGCUGUACGAUUAAGUGCCCUUUAGUAUAUGGGUACGCAACGUAUCCCGUGUUUUAUUGCUCUUGACUUGUGUUUGGUCACUAGCUAAGCAUCCGCAGAUGCUACUUUAUUGACAUGCAAGUGUACUUGGACUUUUAACUGUUACUGAAUAUUUUACUGACAUUGAAAAAGUGGCCAUGAUUUGCCAUCAAUUUUUCUUUUUCUCUUUUUGAAAACCUAUCAAACUUUUUCUAUCAUAAGAACGUCUUUGGCAUAAGAGCAUCAACAAGGAAGUAUUGAUGCAAAUCUUGAUGUUUACAAGAAGUUGGACAACUUCAUUAGAGCUCCCUAUGUUUAUUUUAAAUUACAGAAUUUGUGUAAAGAGUUAUGAUAUUCUUUAGUCACUAUCUCACCAUUGGCAAUUUGUGACCCAAGAUCUGUUAAGCCGUGUCCUCCUUGCUUUAACCCCAUGUUUUUGCUUUCCUCCUGUAUUCUCCUUGCGUGUCUCCUUCCCCUUCCCAGAAUUAUUUUUUUCAUAUUUGUAUUUUUUGUCUCUGUACCUCGCCCUACCCUUAUCUGUUUUCCUCUCACAGUAUUCAGCGAGUUGCCGUAUGGAUUUUGGAAAAUUAUUAUCACGACUUCCCUGUCUACAACCCUGCUCUCCUGAACCUGCCAAAAUCCAUCCUGUCCAAGAAAAUGUCUGGCUUCAAGGUCUACUCCCUUGGAGAGGGUGAGAUACUGCUCUUACCAUGAGCUGCCAAGACUUCUCCUGUCUGUUACCACGUUUGUCCUCUGUUCUUUCCUUUUAGUAUCUGUCAAAUACCCUGUGAAUUGCCUCCUGUUUGGGUCUCCUUUGGUUGUCUAUAUCAUCUACAGAAAAUGAUAAAAUGAUGGCCGGAGGAAGAUUUUUAAAAAUUUUUACAAUGUCCUUUGGAGCAUGUGUUUGAAAGAAAUACCGACAAUAUUGAGCGUUUUAUUACAAUGUGCUAGCUGCCAUCUUACUUUUUGGGAAAGUUUGUUUUGACAAUCUAGUAUAUUUUGUAUUAUUUUACACAUCUGCGAUCUCUGAAGAAUAAAUCUAUCACUAACACACAGACUCACACCAUAAUUGUCUCCGGAUUUGAUAGCAGUGCACGACGUCUACUUCUUCUUGACCUCAAGAACAUCUACAAAGUAUUAACAAAAAUGAAUCUUUUUAUUUUUAUUUAUUUUUUUAUUUUUUACUGCACAAAAAAAGAACCACAGGGAAUGAAUAUCCCUUUUUUAUGACUGUAACUGAAACCACCUCCUGAAAUAUAUCUGCCCCUUUAGGGCAGUGUGAGUUGAAUAUCAAAAUGCGUGUAGCUGGAACAUCAAAGCUGUGCUCUAACUUGUAUGAGGGCGUCUUAGGGAUUCGCCAUAGAUUUGAAACACAUACUCGGAAGCUCCAGGUUGCUUUUAAAUUAGAUAUUUUAUUUUAACCAUUUCACCACUCAUUUCUUCAAAAUAGCAGAAACCACCCUCCAGUUUUCUUGUUAAAUCCAAUUUCUGAGAACUUCCUGACCGAGAAAGAGUCUACUGUGGGCUGCAGUGACGUAAAACUUUAUAAUGGAAACUUGAGGACCUAUUUACUAAAUGCCGAACGGCAACCAAACAUAAACCGCAUUCUGUACCGUGGUCACAAUUCAGCUGUUUUUUCUUUUAACCAUUACAGCUGUUCAUUUUAAGCAGAUAUGCUUAUUUCAACCAGAUUUGCACUUCCAUGUAGCUGCCAUUUGUUGAAAUGAGACCAGGGGUACACUACACCAACCAAAUGUUCUCUAAGAGCAGCUUUUGAUAGAGUACAAACUCUGACUCGGUUCUCACCGGGUAAACACCUCUAAUGGCUGAUAGGAAGACUUCCACUAUGAGUGUGUUUAACCCUGCAAUGGAAACUUUUUAUAACUUUGCAGUUUUGUAGAAACUACAGAUUGCAAGAUUAACACUACAGGGCAACUGCACCCAUUAAGAUUAAGUGGUCUGUUUGUCUUUAACAGUCUCUGUAAAGAUAUCCCACACCCAUAUCCACCACCCAGUACCUACUCUUAAAUUACCCUAUAUCUUACAUUUUUAAUAGCACGCAAAUUCAGUUACAAUUCCAUUUGUUGUUCAUUUGGGUUCAGUUGAACAAUUCUGAAAUGAAUAUCGGUGCACCAAAUGACCUUUUUAAAAAUAGCUUGAGUACAAUUUAGUUAGCAUUCUGUUGUUCUUGAGAAGAACAAAUGCUGGAGAAUUUUAAAUCCUCAUAUCUUUUUAAAAUGCCCUUGUUUACACAGAUCAGGUCAUCACAAAAUCUGGUGGUUUUGAAUUUAAAACAGAAAUAUAAAAAAAUAGGAUUCUACUCUUGUAAUAUGCUCUCCUCGGUGGCAUAAACUGUGUCCAAAACAAAUUAAGCAACCUGUUUCUGGGAGCAAAAGGUUCUGUCCUAUUGUUACCAUCUGUCUCAUGAUGGCUACCCAUUUCACGCUAACACAAUAUAACAGAGACACUGCACACACACGAAAAAUAAACUAGAUACUUUUUCUUUUGUAACAUUGUCCUUAAAAAGACACUCCAGGCACCAAAACAACUAUACCUAAAUGGAAAGAAACGUAACUUUCUCACGCCAAUUUUGUGAAUGGGGAGCUGACUGCUCUCAGCCAAUCAGUAGUGCCACUGCCCGGCGGCACUCCCCACUUCCUGAAUCUGAAAUUGUUGAAGGCAGUUGCCACCUUGGGAGGGGGUGAGUUCACAUUGCAGCUGGAAGCAACUUAGGGGUUAAACUGUUAGAACGAUUAAUCCCUUUGAGGUAAGAGUGCCUCUGGUGGCCUCCUAUCACCAUAGCAACUUCAUUUAGAUGAAGUUGUUUUGGUGCCUGGUGAUAUUUUCUACCACUAUAGAAUUACAAAGUGAUUUUCAAAUUUGAGGUCAAAGGAGCCAACCUGGAAGCAUAGCAGAAUUUAUCGAAUUCAACUAUUUUGGCUUUAAAUUUGAAAUACACUUUAAAUUCUUACUUUGGUAAAUUUAUUUUUUACAACAUUCUGGCAACACUUGUGUUUUCUAACUGGUGAAACUAGAAUUCAAAGUAGCCUUGCUUUAAAAAAUAUUUUUGAUAAUUAGGAUUUUAGUGAGACCCUGCAACUUGUAAAUUGGGGUCCAUAUAUAGGUAUUCAUGGUAGCUGUAGUAGGACCGCAGGCAUUUUUGUCUAAGCCAUUAGUUUUUUUUUUUGUUUGUUUGUUUUUUUGGGGUGUGUGUGUGUGUGAGAGAGAUUUGCUGGAUGCAGUAACUUCCUUUUCUUUCAUUCUGAUGCUUUAUUUGAACAGAACCACACCACUUAAUUAACUGUGAUCAUGUGUUACUUUUAGAAAAUACCACCAAUAACUCUACUGGGCAGUCCCGAGCCGUCAUAGCUGCUGCUGCCAGGAGGAGAGACAACAGUCACAACGAAUACUAUUACGAAGAAGCUGAACAUGAGCGCAGAGUGCGGAAACGGAAAGCUAGGUAUUAGUCGUGACAUUGGAGGAAGGUGUAUCUUUCCCAUUAGGCUUUAGGGCUUCCUACUGACACUAAGUUCUAUAGCCAUUCUUAUGCUUGUUGCAGUAAAAGAAUUCCGAACCAAUGGCAAGACAUUGCAGGGAAACCUACAAGAUUAUUGUCCAACUGUUACAAAGUACAUCUAAAUUUGAGAGCUUUCAUAAUAAACCAGAUAAAUGUUAGGUCUACUGGCUUUAUUAGUUUCCUGCUUUCGGCAGUGAUUCAUGCAUAUUCGAUAAAUCCCAACCGCAAUAAAAUGUAAAAGCAACAGCCUUGCGAUGACCAUCCAUUUUUCAUACAGUUGUAGAAAUGGUAAUCAAGGUGGGUUGUUGUAAUUCUGUUCCAGCUGUUAAUGCGGACUACGAUAUUUAAUCUUUAAUACUGAUGGUGUCUCCAAACUCAUGAGAACCAACUUGGUCACAAACCAUUCUACAUGACCUGCCCUACUCCCCUCUUUACCAGUCCCUCUCAAUCAGACUUCUCUUAUCUUCUUCUUUUUUGCCACAUCCCCCUUCUCCUCCUUAAAGUACUGGGCCUCUCUGCCAGAGUGUAGACUAUAUGGUUUAAUAUUUGUUACUCAUCCUAGGUAAAUAAAUAUUAAGACGUAAUAGAACAAGUGCACCCAUGGGUCACUAUAAUUUAUCGAAGAACAUGCAGAAAACCCUUGUUUUGGGUUUACCAUGCUUUGUCAAUGCAUAAACUCCAUGAACUUGCACCACUCCAGCAGGUGAUUAGCCAUGACCAAAGUACAAAAUCAGGCCAAUACAAAAAGUCCUUAAACACAGACCCACUACUUGCCCAUUUUUCAUAUUGUGUGCGUGUUUGUAUCUCGCCUGUGUCUACGUAUAUGGCCUAAUAAGGUGGCCGCCACUAUGAAAUUAAGUGCUGAUGGAUCACCUCCCAUUUCCUGGGUACAGCGUAUGGAAGUCAAACUAAGUGGAUGACAGCCCCUUUCACGUUAUCUUCUGCUACAGGAUCAUAGUAGUCCUAAUGAAAUCCAUAUUUUGACACUUAAAAAAUAAAUAAAAAAAAUGUUAUUACCCCAUAGCCUUCUUGGCUGCUGCAUCGUGGAGAAUAGAUGCUUAUCUCUGAAAACAUUUGGUAUUUUAGUUUCUCUAUGGUCCAUCUGUAUUUAUUAAUAAGUAAAAAUUCACGGAUUCGUUUUAAGUAAAAUUUCUGAUUUUAAUAAAUUACCUUCUUCCCUUUCCUGUCUCUUUAACUUUGUGUUGAAGGCUAUCCCAUUUACACUGCAUUCUUUGGGAUUACCAUGCCUGUGUUGGCCUGGAGGGUAAACUGUCAUCGGGUAACUAUCAGGGGUAAUCUGAGCAACGAAGUGUCAUUCUCUAUUUAAAUAGCGGAUCAAAUACAUGAGGAAGUGAAAAUUUACUUCAGUAGUCUCAGAACAGCUGGGUAGUUGAAAUUAAAACCAUAAAUGUUAUUUAAAAAAAUAUUUAUAUAUAACCAAACAAAUCCCCAUUAGUAUUUUUUUCCCCCCUCUUUCUUUAAUAUUUUUUUUUUUUCUUUACUCUUCUAGUGGGGGGUACGGUAUAUCACAUUUUUAACCAAAACAGUAUCUCCACUGUAGGGAAAGUUUUCCCGCCAGAAUUCUAGAGAGUGGUAUAUCGCAGCUCAAUAAAGAUAGUGGUAGGUUCCCCCGCUCACUCUAGUUAUGUAAUCUGAUGCAAUCCGGCAUGCUCACUAGCGUGUUUAAUCUGUUUUUUGGAAGAGAACUUUUGCCUUGGGUAAAAGUUCACUAUUUUUGUACUGUAAUUAUUUCUAAAUAAUUAGGUUGGUUUCCCCUAUAAAAGUUAUUAGAAACCUCUUUGUUUGACUGAUAUCACAUCUUGCAAUUGGCUUUUCUCUUUUUUGUAAUUUUUAUUUCAUUUUGUGAUGAUCGUUUCUUCUCAGAUGAGAUUUAUAACAAUUAACUUGUCUUUUUUUUUGUUAUAGGUUGGUUGUGGCUGUGGAAGAAGCCUUCACACAUAUUAAACGGCUUCAGGAAGAAGACCAGAAGAAUCCCCGUGAGAUUAUGGACCCCAGAGAGGCUGCUCAAGCAAUCUUCGCUUCCAUGGCUAGGGCCAUGCAGAAAUACCUCCGUACCACGAAACAGCAGCCAUACCACUCCAUGGAGAGCAUUCUCCAACAUCUAGAGUUCUGUAUCACCCAUGAUAUGACACCAAAGGUUAGCUGAGAACACCUUCUCUUAUUUUUUGAGUUUCUAAGCAUAUAGCACUGCAAACUCUAACAUUUAUUAAUCAAUCCAUGCAGCUAUGUGCCUAAGAUAUCAGUGCAAGAAUGAAGGCCAACAUUCGUGUAAUCCUUCCAUUCUGUAGAUGCUAGCCUGUAGCAGGAAGUAUUAUUACAACCUCUUUUUUUUAAAACCUUGAACUGCUAGACCAAAACACAUUCAACAAUACCCUGCUCCAUGACCAGUGUGUAUUGAGGGGGUUGAGAUUCUACUUACGUCUCUAGAUAUUCUUCUUCAAGGAGCAUGCAUCACUUUGAGACAAUGGUUUUGAAUAAGACCUUUGCUUUAUUUUGCAGGCUAAAGAAGCAGGUUAAAAAAAAAAAAUAGGAUUUUUUUUUUUCUCCAUAUUUACCUGCUGAUCUUGUGCUUUCCAAUCAGUGUGCUAUCCCUAGGAAUGCCAGAAAUGUGUAACGGGCAUGCUUAACAGAUUUACACGUGUGAAGAUCUCCUCUCCACACACAGGCUGCCUAUUUCUGAAUUCACAGUGUGCAGGCUGGCCAUGCAGCUACAACUCAUACUAUCCACCAAAACUCAAAGUAUCUAUUUAGCUUUCAACUCAAUGUUUAGUGAAAAACUCUGCAUGCGUUCGAGCGAUACCUCACCUUUUGCAGUGACAAGGCAGUGUAUAAGAAUUCCGUAGGUUCCCCACACCUGUUUACAUUGCAAGUUUCACUUAUAUACUAGGCCCCAUUGCUUUCCUUUUUUUUUUUUUUGUGUACAUUGAAGUUGAAAUUCACUGUUUACGUUGAUGACUGCAUCUGAAAUAGUAGCACUAAUGUUAUUUAUCCACUGUGUAUUGCUACAUAUAUCUUUCUUAUUACCCAUGGAUAAAAUAAGACAUAAGGGCCCUCUAGGUCACCGGCAUCCACAAAUAUUGCUUUUAAUCUUUUCUACCUGGCCUACAAAAACAUUCCCAAAGAAGUGUGAAGCUUAUGUGAGUUAACCUUCCUAAACCGUGGUUGUAAUACGAUCUUCCCUUUUUGAAGCAUGCAAAAAGACGACUGUCGCCAUCUAGUGUUCACUAUCCUAAAGCACUGUGUUUUUUUUGUUUUGUUUUUUUUGGCUCGAAAAUUGCCUGGCAGCUCCCGAGCUUAUUAGUCUCUCGACUCCAGACUCUGCUCUGCCAUGCACACGCCUGCUUCAUAAAACAUUGAUGCAUUCAUACAUAUUUGAUUAUUGUCUCUAUGCAGUCUCGGGCACAUCUGUUCUACACAUGACAAUCACACCCUAAAGCUUUUAAUGAAUCACACCGGAAGGCACGGAGACCUUUAAAUUUGGAGAUUAUAAACACUUAACUCUAAUUUCAAUGGCGGCAAUUAUGGCGGAUUUCAUUGUUCAUUUUCUUUUCAUGAUUUUGUUAUGAGCUCCUGCAACCAAUCAUCCCAGGCUCAUGUAGAAAACAUGGUUAAUCUUGGUUUGCACCCUAAACAGCCUGCGGUUCAUAUAAUGUCGGCUUUAACUGUUCUAAAGGGGUUAAAUCAUUGGCUUAACCAUUUAACUACUCCACUAUUUGACAUUGUUUCUUUAGCGGGCUUAAUAUAGAUUGAUGUAAAAUUAUGCAGUAGAGCUUAUUUUAGUUAUGCAGUGGGAUUAUUUCAACGCAUUUUUGCUUAAAAUGGCAAAUUAAUAAAUUACUGUUUAGGUUUGAGUCAUGGAAGCACCUUCAAUGCCAAAAAUGUGUGAGUUGGUUUUAUGAUUUUUUUUGAAUUUUUUUUUUUUAUAACUCAACUGUUAUUUGAGAGACCAGGGGCGGACUGACCACCAGCAGGGCCAUCAGUCAGCGGGUGAUCAUGGUCCCCCCCUUUUGGUACAAGGUAUUUUUUGGCCCCCUAUUUCUCUUCUCCCCCUUCUUUCUGAUGCUUUCACACAGAUAUGUGUACACUGCCCUGCACAGAGAAUGGCUGUGUAAGAACCACGCAGCCCAGACUCCCACACCCGCAGAGCCCCAAAAAUGGCCAGAUUUACUUUUAAGGGGUUAUUCCAACCAUAAACAGUGGUUUAAUAAACACUGUUUUUAGAUGGAGUAACCCUUGCUGGUGUGCCUCCCCAGCAAUUAAAAUAAAGAAAUAAAGCAAAUCUAAUUACACACUGCCACUGAUUUUGCUGAUGAAAUCACAAGUAGCGUCCCCACAUGUACAACCAUACAAGUAGCCACAUGAAUUUGGAGUCAACUUGUGGGGUUUGGUGUGUGGGGAUGCUGCUAGUGAUGUUGUGUUCCUGUAUGUCAAAGUGCUGUGAAUUAAUCGUUUCUCUUGUUUUACCUAUUGUACAGCGCUGCAGAAUAUGUUGGCGCUAUGUAAGUGAUUGUAAUAAUUGUGUGUGUGUGUGUGUGUAAGUAGUGUGCAGUAUUGCAAUGGAGGGUAUGCUGUUUGUGAUGUGUAUGUGUAGGGAGGUUGCAUGUGGUUUUGUAUGUGUGGUGAUGCUGCUUGUAGGAUUGUGUCUAUACAGUGAGGCUCCUUGUGGGUUUUUGUGUGAGUGGCGCUAUUUGCAAUGCAGUAUGUGAGUGGAGAGGGCUGGUUGUGUUGCAGUGUGUGUGGGAUACAAUCUGUAGUAGGCAUCUGGUGGUUACUGGGGCUAUAGUGUGUGCGUGUUUGGAUAAUAGAGGCUCUACUGUGUAUAGGUAAGAUAGAUGCUGAAGUAGGUGCAGGAAGCACGGAGAUUGAGGUGGGUGCGGGGGGGCUGAGGUGGGUGCGUGGCUGGACCGAGUAUGAGGUGGGGCAUAGAGGUUCUAGUGAGCACAGGAGGUGGAAAUAGGGGCUAUGGUAGUUGGAGGUGGCAUAAGGGCUGUGGUGGGAGAAUAGGGGCUUAGGUGGGGACAUGGAUAGGUAGAUCCUGGGGUGGGUGUUGGGAGGAAUGGUGGCUGAGGUGAGUGCGGAGGAGCUGUGGUGAUUACAGGGUAGCUGAGGUUGGUGCAGGGAGACAGGGGGCUUAAGUGGGCAGGGAAGACAGUAGGCUGAGGUGGGUACAGGGGGAGAUGUGGUGUAUGUAGAAUGAGCUGUGGUGGGUGCAGGUAGACAAGGGGCUGUGGUGGGCACAGGGAGGGACAAAGGGUGGGUACAGAGGGAAGCUGGGGGGAGAAGAGGUGGGUACAAAUGGAGCUGUAGGGUGUGCAGGGGGAGAUGUGGUGGGUGCAGAAAGACAUGAGAUGCUGAGGUGAGUGCAAUGCGGUUGUAAAAAAAAAAAGAAAAUCUAAGGAGCUUACCUGUGCUGUCUGCCAGGCUGCAGCAGCUCCUCAUCUUCCGGGUGCUCUUCAGGUGAGGGCAGGAAAUUGUCACUUCCUGGCCCCACUUCUUCCUCCUAACACACAGCACCGCACAGGGGCUGGAGACCUGGCUGCAAGAACUGAAUGAUCGCUGUCGGGUCUCCCAGAGAAAAGAGAAACGGGUGAAUGGGGGGAGGGAGGCGAGAAUACCUGCAGAGUGAUAUGUUGCAUGGACCCUCACUGGAAUAUGUGAUAAACAGUCACAACCUAAGUGCACACAGUGGAAAAAUAAAAAGCAAGUCAUCUAAACAAGUUCCCUUGUUACAGAGAAUGCAUUUCCACAAAGACUUCCUCUUGUCUUACAAAUUGAUAGUUAUAACAAAACAGGGGGACAUUCUGCUAAGGAAACAGAAUAAAAAGCAAGAUAGAAUGUAACUGUAUAUAAAAAAUGGUUAAUACAGAAUUCCAAUUGGCCACUGAUAAUCAUACAGAGCAGUCUAAUGUCUCUGGAAGUGAAAGGGCUUUGGCGCACAUGAGUGCAAACUCAAAGCUUGGCUUAUGUCGAACACAAUCGGUGGUUUACCCUAAUGGCACCAGAUCCUUGCCGAGAAACAUAAUGAACAUCAAUCAAGCAUGUUUUCAUAUAUGCAGCUGAUAAAAAAAAAUAAAAAUAAAUAAUAAUAAAAAAAUAAAGCGAAACUUGCCUGCCUCGUUAAUCACAUCAUGUAAAUGAUAAAGAAUUUGGUUAGCUUUAGCGGGCAAGGCAUCGUGUUUAAUAAACCCUUGGACAGAUGCAUGCUUGGUAGAAUUAAAUAAUUAGAUUUUUCUAAAACCUGACGUAAAUUCAUGAUUUUAUUAGACACAGAGGAGAGUAUUAUGCUUUUCUCUUUCUUUACUUCGAUUUAGCAGCAAAACAAAUAAAUUAAUGGAAACCGAUUUAAAUAUUGCGUCAACUGACAUAAAAAUUAGUGAGUCAGAUUUCAUAGUCGACUAUAAGUACUGCAGACAACGUUCCGAAGUCCUCUUUCUUUGCAACCGAAAAAGGUUAUAAUCCAAUGAAAUAGUUAUUAAAAAAAAAAGUAUAUAAGUUCAUUGAAAAAAAAAACAAUCGGGAAGGUUUCUUCUUAUUCGGAUUUUCUAACCAGAGACGUCCGGCACGGUGAAAAGAAUUUAAAUCCUUGAGUGAAUAAGAUUUAGGAUUGGAUAAUACUCGCCUCCAUGUCUAAUAAAAUCAUGACUUUACAUCAUGUUUUAGCAAAAUCAUAUAAUUUUAUUACAAGACACUGAGGCUCAUAUUAUGCAUGUUUAUAGCUGAGAAACAGAGGCUGAAAUGUGUUGCAUAGAUUUAAAAUAUUGUUUUAAAAGUCGAUUUAUUAAACCAAUCGGCAUAUUUCAAAAUAUCUGGAAUUUAACGCUUAGUUGAUACCGGUCUCGUACCUCCUCCUCUUUUCUGAAUAAGGAAAAGGUUGCUGAUGUAACCUGGUUGAAACGUGGGAAUUGCUUGAAUGGUGUUCUUUGAGCUCUUUGACCGCUUUGUCUAUAAAUAUGUCCUUUUGGUGAAAAAAUUAUAGAAUGUGGAAGACACAUCUGAAAAGUGUUAAGUAUGUAUUCUAUGUGAUAACCUUGCAUUGUAUUUAGAAUCCAAGCAUCGGAGCUUAUGAAACCACGCUUGGAAAAACUGGGUGAGUCUGCCUCCCAGUGAUAUAAUGGAAUGCUUACCAAAUUGACAUAAAUAGUUGGUUUGACCUCUCAAAUCUCUUGCUUGCUAUGAAAAUCUCCCUGAUGGAAAGAAUGGAGCUUUGAAUAUAGGACCCUGAAAUUCAGAUUUUUGGUUGAAGGAUCCCAGCCCCUAUUAAUUCUGUAUGAAGAAACAAUUUCGACCAGACAGAGCCUAUUUCUGUUGGCUCUUUGAAAAACACGAUUAGUAAAGGCACAUUUUAUAUUAGACUGUGCUUUAUCCAGGGCUGUAAAAGCACUGACAAAAGUACGGGGUUCUUUUAUGAACCUGUCCCGAAAUAAAAGGCCAUUGGCUUCUUUACCAGCCUCAGAAGUGGCUAAAUACCUUGGCUCAAUCUUUAAAAGUAUUGCCUUUCUAUAGUGCCCCCACCCUCAGGGUCCCCCUCCCACCCGGCUCUGGGGAGAGGAAAGGGGUAAAAAAACUUACCUUUUUCCAGUGCCGGGCGGGGAGCUCUCCUCCUCAUCUCCUCCCAUUCGGCUGAAUGCCACGCGCCGCAAGAGAUACGCGCAUUCAGCCGGUCGCAUAGGAAAGCAUUUACAAUGCUUUCCUAUGGAUGCUUGCGUGCUCUCACUGUGAUUUUCACAGUGAGAAGCACGCAAGCGCCUCUAGCGGCUGUCAGUGAGACAGCCGCUACAGGAAUUGGAGGAAGGAUUAACCCAUUUGUAAACAUAGCAGUUUCUCUGAAACUAUGUUUAUAAAAAAAAAAAAAAAGGGGGUUAACCCUAGCUGAACCUGGCACCCAGACCACUUCAUUAAGCUGAAAUGGUCUGGGUGCCUAGAGUGGUCCUUUAAUAAAUGGGCCAGAAAUAUUCAGGUGUUUUGUAUUUGCAGGCUUUUAAGGCUGCCUCUACACCUUUUUUCUGACUCCAAUCUUGUUUCGAAAGAAACUGAACCACCUUAGGAUCCACCUCAGGUGUUUGGCAGACUUUGGAUGGCACAGUGGGUCUAGGGCAUUCCAUCCUCAAAUUAUUUCUAGCCUGUUAGUCCAGUAGGCAACAGACUCUAUGGUGUUAAUAUCUGGCUAUGUGAUCCAUUGGAAACCAUUAUCCUGAUCUGGGAUGGCGAAGUUCAGUCAAGGUGUCAACACUUUUCUGAAAUGGAACUAGAAGGUGGUGGUUUUACUGUAUGAUGUGACUGAGACGGAGGGAACCUUCUCCACUGUACUGUUGUCAGAGUCUGUACCAUUCUCAAUUUUUACCUUUACAUGUUUCCAUGCCUCGUAGUUUCUGCCUGACAGACUCUUGUGCUUUUUAUUUGAAACUCCGUCUGGGAUGAGAUGAGAUUCGUCCAUUUUCUUUCUGGAGGUUACAGCAUUGAUUUGCUUUGUGUGUGUUUUUUUUUUUUUACCCGUUUAGCAAUUCUAUUAUAUUUUGAAUGACAUUCUGAUCCAGAAGUUGGUUAUUUAGGGGUUAAAAUAGGCUCUUUAGCUGAGCCUGAAUAAUGGCUUGAGUUAAAAUUUUAGACAAGCUUGAUGACAUGAUGUACACAGGCAAUAUGAUGGCCUGAUGGACCGAUUUAUUCAUAGCCUGAUCAAUAUUGUGGGUAGUAGAAUCAGAUUUGGCUGUUGGUAAUUCAUCUUCUUGUGAAGAUGAUGAAAUAUCGACCUCUCCAGCUUUAACAGAGAGAUAUGAGCCUGAGGAAGUAUUAUUACUCAUGUUGUAGGUUAUUGGAUAAAAUUAAAUAAAAAUUGGAUAUUGGUAAAAAUAGUGAAUAUUCAAUUUUUUUUUCUGACAGAAAAUGUCUAAAAUAUUUAUUUUACUCUUAUAUUUAUAAAGAAUAUAAUGAGUUUAAGAAAAUACAAACCUUUACCUCAACUCAAAUCUCACAGGACGUUGUGGGGCAGAGUAACAGACCCUUUUUUGCGUGCUCAACUGUCAGAAGGCUCCGAGCACAAGUAACAAAAGGAUUUUUUUUUUUUCUCAAACACCCAAAUUCAUGAGUUUAUGCUGAUGGUGAGGUGAAGCCUCAAAUGGUGUCCUGAAACACCCUCCUCUGGGCCAAUUUUAUAGUUUGCCCAGAGUUCCAUGAAAUACUGAUAUAAAUUAUACCUCCAGGAAUAUAGUUUGUGACAGUGCCCUUUAGUACUCCAUAUUUGAAGUAAUUUAUACUGCAAUGGGUGCGGCAUUUAAUGCAUUGGGGAGUAAGAGUUAACACAGCAUGGCUUAGGCUUAAUACAAUAGGUUGAGCAUUUAAAAACAUAUGUUUAUAAUAAUACUCUGAAUUAAUUUAAAGAUCUGGUGUCAGUGUGAUAUAUAGGACACUUUUCAUAUACGAGGUUGAUUUUAGAGCUGUUUGUAGGAGGGAUUUCAGUCAGUGUGUUAAAGUUAUAACAUUUAUCCUUUGCCUUAAAGUGACACUGCACAAAUAGGCAAAACAUUAAAAUCACUAUUUAGUAGAUAUACCUCCUAUGAAAACAUGCAUGCACUUUAGUAUGCAUUUUUCAUGGGGUUUAUAUGUAAAAUCAGCUUGCUAUAGCUGCAGAUUUCUUGUCUGCAGUCUUUGUAAGCCCUCCCCUUCUAACCCCGCCCAGACUUUCUGUGGCUGUCCAAUCAGACUUCCCAAAUGCAGCUCAAUGCAUUAAUUUAUCUAUACUUGUUCUGGUGACUAUAGUUGUCCUGGUGUCUUUGCAAGGCAGAUGCUCUGGGCAAUUGCUGCCUCUUGAGUUUAGCUCAACUGAGCUAACCAAACCAGGAAGUAACAGGACCAGUUGUCUGACAGCAAUGGGUGUGUAACCAGGUUAAUUUAUAAAAGUGCCAGUUUCUAUCGAAACCUGCACUUUUUGUAAAUUGAAAAAAGGCGCACUCUUCAGACAAAGCAUUUCAGCAUUUUAAAUUGCUCAGCAAUCUGGAGCUUCCCUUUAAACCUCGGCUAUUUUUUGCCAUCACAGUCUGUGAGAGAGCAGCAUUGCAAUGAAGAAAUGUAUUUGGCUGAAGUAGCACACUCUCUGCAUUGUAGGAACUACUUUGACAUUCAAGUUCCCCCUAAUCUGCUGAUUGCAAUGCAGCACUACUUGGUAAAUGCUCGAUAAUCCUAUUCCCUUUCAUUAGUUAAACACAUGUUUACUGCUGACCUCUAGCUAUUCUUACAUUGCACUCCUCUGGAAUUUUAUAUCAAUCUUUUUUGUGUAUUUUCUUUUAAAUUUAUAUUUAAAAUCUGGUUUGUACCUGGUCAGGACAGAAGUGACAUUCUUAGGAAAUCAGACUUCAAAGGGAAUAAUUCUACAUGUAUUUCAAAUUUAAGUAGCCAAAUCGGAAGCAUAGUUUUCACUUUGGUUACUUCAGCCUUAAAUUUAAAAUCUACUUUGAAUUAUGUUUGAAUUACCCACAAUUCUUGCUUUGGUGAAUAGCCCUGACCAUUGUCUCUUUUCUCUAUGCUGACUGCCAAGUGCAAAGGACAGCGCUUAUAACAAUGAGUGCCAGGGAGCUAAGACAGAGGUACCCAGUUACAGGAUAAAAAGUAUCUCUACAUUUAAUUUUAAAUUUCAAACAUCACAAAUAUAUAGUAACACAAUAUAAAAUGCAAGGCAGCAGAACCUAAAGCUCGGAUACCUCUCUAGCACCACUAAAAGAAGUAAUAAAUUCAAGGAAAAAUAGUCGCGCCAUGGACAAAUUAAUCUUUAUUAAUAUGUAGAACGUGUAUAGGGUUGUGCUGAAAAAUAACAAACACAUUCUCUUUAAAUCAGUUUUUCAAUGUAAAAACCAGCGAAUAGUGAUUGGGUAGGUCAAUAUUUUCAAAUAAUGCAGAGUGUGUGUGUCUCAAUCGCAAUAAAUAUGUUCUCCACUAGGUGUUUUUUUUUUUCCCCCCAGAGAUUAUAGCAUGUACAGUAAAAUAAUGCAACAAAAUUAGUGUGUUAUAUAAUCACCACCAGAUGGCAGUGUGUCACCUGGGUAUAUAAAGCUUUAAAUGUUCUAUUGCUACUCUUAGAAAUUUUGACGGUAUACUUUGUCUUGAUGGUAGUAUGUGCUAUUGUUGCGCUGGGUUCCUCUUGGACCUUGUUUUUCCCAGGAAGCUUCAAACGAUAAAAUGUGGGAUAUAAUCUAAUUCUGUCCUAGGUAAAAUUCAGCAAUGAAUAAAGUGCAGAUUUAACACUCAGGUGUAGUAAAGUUAAUCACUCUUAGCUAUAGCGGUAUCGACAUUGGCGAUUUUAUAGACCCCAUCCAUACAUUGGCAGCAAGUUGCACUCCAUGAUGUAGUAUGCAGCAACAGAGGAGGAAACAAAACCGUAAAAAACUCUUUCUACAAGUUGGACCUGAGCUGACAGGCCUUUGGUCAUCUGUCAUUUGUACAAGGCUUGGACAGGUGCCGAUGUCUACAAUAAUACCAUUUUAGUAUACUUGAUGUAAAACUUUAAAUAGACCUAAAAUUUGCGAGAAUAAAAUACAUAAUGGAUUGGCUUUAUAAAAGUGCUAUUAACGGAUACUUUGGUGGUUUUAUGGCGGUUUUAUAGGACAAGGUCCUGUCUUUAUUUGAGAAGUUAUUUUUCACAUUUUAAGGUUUUUAGUAUCUUAAUUAGUUAGAUAUAGAUCUAACACAACUACGGUGGGUAUAGCUCGCUACUAUAAGUAAUCAAUCCGUAGCAGCAUGUAUGUACUCAGAAGGCUAGGGGUUCACCUUUUCGUUUCUAGUGCGAUCUAUGGGCCUGUUGGCCACCUUCCACAGUAGCAGCGAAUAGGAACUUACGAGACUAGCGAACCUGUUUAAAUCAUGCGGUAUAGUUGCAACCUUACAGGAUAUUCUUGCUAGUCGUGGAAGGUAUUUGUAGGGAGCAGUAGCAUCUAGUACCUAGUUGUUCUUAAGUUUGAAUACAUUGUAUUUAGCAUAUCUAAUAUGGUAAAAAAAAAAGUGCUUAUUAGUACAACAUACUAAUAUUCUAUAAGCUCUUAAGACAACAUACCAAUCCUUGGCACUGUUUACCUCUCGGCCUCCCGCAACAUCAUGGAAAAGGCAUGGCCUCGUGCAUAGUUGGACCAAUCCAAUGCUAAUCAUAAAGGGGCAAUGGGGACUUGAAGCUCAUGUGCAGGAAAUACAAUUAAACCAUUGAAGCACUACUUUUGGACGGGGCUUCUAUGUCAUGUGACAGACUUUUACUUGCUCAGUGCAGUGGAUGCACUUGUAGUGGCUGUCCAUAUAACCACCACUAGAGGUAGAUUUAACUUUGCAAUUAAACCAUUGCAGAUAAAAAAUUUUUUUUUUUUUUUUUUAAAUUGCUUUGUUAAAACAACAGGACCACUUGAUUGAAAUGAAGUGGUCUAGGUGACGUUAAUGGUCCUUUAAGAGACCCUGUCUUGAUGGUAGGAUUUUGGUGAUGCAAUUUAGGUAACAUAAAAUCACAGGAAACAUGUAUAUUCUGAUGACCAUUUGUAAAUUAGUCUGAAUUAAUGACUUUAGGUUUAUGUUGAAUGAUUCUGAUUUAUAUUUUGAAUUUUCUUUUUUUUAAGUUGGUUAUAUUGAGCCGCACGCUAUUUUUUCCUCUUUGUGUGUGAAGGGUUUGUGCAUGUAAUUGUUUAUUUUCAAUUAUGGCACACUGAGGUAUUACUUAAACUUGAAAAAUAAUUGUUUGAGUAACUCAUUCUUCAGAAGGGAAGUGCUGUUCUGAUGUAGAAAUGUUUGGUAUAUUGAUAAAUACACUGGUUUUGUUCCUGGGAGUCUGAACUAUGACCUUUCAUGUCUAAGAAGAUUGGGCUGGAGAGGACUUAGUGAGUACAUGGUCGCUUGGUUUGUUGUCAAACACAAUGGAAAAAUAUUGUGCAUAGUGAUCAUUGCUUCUUCAUUAAAGGGACACUUAAUUUAUCUAUACUUGUUCUGGUGACUAUAGUUGUCCUGGUGUCUAUAGCAUGUCCCUUCAGGCCUUUUUGGUGUAAACACAGAUUUUUCAGAGAAAAGGCAGUGUUUACAUUACAGCCUAAGAACUCCUCUAGUAGCCACUCCUCAGACGACCACUAGAGAUGUUUCAAGUUUAACUUGAAAAAAACUUGGGUUAAUGGGGAGUAUGUGAGACACUUGCUGUACCAUUAGAGUUUUUUUUUCUUGAAUGCAUUUCGGAAGGUUCAAUGCCCAUGUCUGCUGUCCUGGCCGCAAUUGGGUCUAGGAGGCAGUUGCCCAUGAAUCCUUGGCAAGGGGUACAUGUGUGGUUUGACAACUGGGAGGCGUUAUGGGCAGAGUUCCAACUCUCUCUCUGUCCAUUUAGACCAAAUGCGUUCAUACCUCUCAGGGGAACCAGCUAUUCUAUGUGAGAUUUGCGGUUCAACUUUUCAAUAACUAGUGCCAUUUUGGGCUUUUAGGUCAAUUUCCACAGGGUGGCUAUGCAAUUUUAUUGCUGCAAGUGUGAUGUGAAUGGUGAGUGUCAAUUUAUAUUUUGUAAGUGUUUUGGGUAGGAUAUGGAGUAGGUUUUAUUUAUAUCUUUCAAUUUAUUCAUUAAUCUUAAAGCUCAUGUCCACCUAGGAUGACCAAAAGAGUGGGAUCUGGUUAAAGAGGUUUGUUGCCAGAGACCGAAUUUAGAGUCCAAUUGCAUAAUGCAUUUUAUCAUUUAGAUGAAUGAUAUUUACACACUCCAAAUAACUCACUCACUAUUUGUUUUUUUUCAACAGGCUUUUCUUGAGCGUUACUUAGGACCUGGGCCAACUAUCCAGUAUCACAAGGACCGCUGGCUAGCCAAGCAGUGGACUUUGGUUAGUGAGGAGCCAGUAACCAAUGGUUUGAAAGAUGGUGUUGUGUUCGUCCUAAAGCGUCAAGACUUCAGUUUGGUGGUCAGCACCAAGAAGAUACCCUUUUUUAAGCUCUCUGAGGAAUUUGUAGACCCCAAGUCUCACAAGUUUGUAAUGAGGCUUCAAUCUGAGACUUCUGUUUGAAGUCCAGGACUUUCGUAACAGAUGGAUAAAAUAUAAAGGAAAGGUGUUCUUACACGCUACAAACUGCAAAGAAACUUUCUUGGGUGCCUGUACAUCUUUCCUUGGUGGAUUUUCCUUGGUAUCCACAGUUUGACUGCUCAGCAAAACCUCAACAUGCCUCCCUGUUGUUGUGCACCAUUCUCCAAUUACAAUAUGAUCCCACUCCGGAAUUGUCCAACGAUGGACCCAAACAAAAGUGCUAACUACUUUUUAUUUGAAACAGUAAUUUGAAUGCAAUCUUUCAGCUACCAGCAUGCUCAAUCAGUGUUUCAGGAGCCGUUUCCUACUGACAGUCUCCAGAAUUUGAGAACAAUCAUGCACAAGACUUUGGCCAACUUGUGUUCCAUUCUCUUAUUGGAUUAUCUCUGCAAUAAUUCCUAUUUGUUUCAAUGUGUCAGCUCAGACUCGUCAAGUUAUUGACUGCACCUACACUUUUGUAAACUGUUAGGGACCUGUUUAACACUCAUUUUUGUCAACCGAGGCCACAAAGGAUACAAGUAUCUGGUGCCAAAAUUCAAGGGCUAUCCAUCAAUAAUUUGUAUAUGAAAACUGAACUUUCCAAUCUUCCUGGUGCUGGCCCUAGAGGUCCUCUCCUUUUACCUUGAUUCUCCAUAUAAAUUCUGUGCCGUGGCAUGUUGACAGAGUGCUAUAGCAGCUUCUCGAACUUCAGAUGAAGUGGCUAAUUCCAGGGAAUGUACAGACACAAAAACCUUAACAAG